GAAGUCUCCGGCGCGGCCGCUGGUUGGCGGGCGCGGGUCACGUGGCCCAGGCAGGAGUUUCCCCGACAGCUGGAGGCUGCGUGGGAUCCGGCGGCUGCUCCGGAGCUCGGCGGUGCGGCCUUCCCCGCCCCCUCCCUCCUCCCCCGCCCGCUUCCGCCCGGCUUAUUAUCCUCCUUAUUGACAAACAGAGCGGCCGCCGCGGCGACUCUCGGCGUGCGUUUGUAGCCAAGCCAUGGGAGACAAGAAGAGCCCCACCAGGCCGAAGCGGCAGCCGAAGCCGUCCUCGGAUGAGGGUUACUGGGACUGUAGCGUCUGCACCUUCCGGAACAGCGCCGAGGCCUUCAAGUGCAUGAUGUGCGAUGUACGGAAGGGCACCUCCACCCGAUCCACAUUCUUUGAAGUUAUUGUGAAUGCCUCGAGGACCAAGGGACCGUUGAAAUUUCCAAUUUCAGGAAGGAAACCUCGGCCUGUCUCCCAGUUGGUUGCACAGCAGGUUACCCAGCAGUUUGUGCCCCCUACACAGUCAAAGAAAGAGAAAAAAGAUAAAGUAGAAAAAGAAAAAAGUGAAAAGGAAACAACUAGCAAAAAGAACAGUCAUAAGAAAACCAGGCCAAGAUUGAAAAAUGUGGAUCGGAGUAGUGCUCAACAUUUGGAAGUUACCGUUGGAGAUCUGACAGUCAUUAUUACAGACUUUAAGGAGAAAACGAAGUCACCGCCCGCAUCUAGUGCUGCUUCUGCAGAUCAACACAGUCAGAGUGGCUCCAGCUCUGAUAACACAGAGAGGGGAAUGUCCAGGUCAUCUUCACCCAGAGGAGAAGCCUCAUCAUUGAAUGGAGAAUCUCAUUAAAGUUUAUUUUCUCCAAUUUCCUAGUCACUUCUGUCAUACCAUGCAGAUACACAGAUUAUGCCAAGAAGUACCACAUUUUCAUGACAAACAUAUUCAUGCACAAUUCAUAAUUUGCAUUUUACAGAAAAUAGAAAUUUGUUAGAUUUUAUUGCAGUCUAUGCCUACCAAACAUUUCCAGACUUAACAUUUUGGUCUCCACAGUUAAAGGUGCCAUGAAAAUGUGGUUGAAUUACUCAUUAUGCAGUGUUAUUGGUAAGUCUAUUUUCACUUUUAGUUUAGUGAAUUCUAACACAUAAUUCUUGAAUUCUCUACUAUUGGCAUGUAACGAAUUUAAAUUUUUAUAACAUAGUGCAAGCUGCCUAAAUAUGUAUUAUUUGAGAAUUGUGAAACAAAUAGUUAUAUGUAUACAAGUCAAAAAUCAACUUAAUCAACUGUUGCUACAACAGAAUUUUCUUAAUGGUUAUCCUCUUAAAUACACCUGCUGGUACUUGGUGUGGUUAAAUAGGAAGAUUGUUAUUAAAUAAAGAAUUUGUAUGAACCAUUGCCAAUGUUUUUGACACAUUUUACUAAAUUAUUGUUCCUGAAUUAUGUUUUAGGUUUUAUCUGUUUUGGGGGGGGUUUUUUGCUUAUCUUUCAAAACAUUCAUUUAUUGUAAUGUUUACUAGCAGACUAGUAAACAAUAAAACAUUGAUUACUUGGCUUUAUAAUUCAGAUUUAGUGCUAUUGUCAUUGAACACUGGUAUUUUCUGUAUUAUAUAGAACAUUAAAAUUCAAGUAAUUAUAAGCAUUUGGCAAAAACAGAAGAGAAGAAACCUGUCAUAUUUUAAAAGCUGCAGUUUUGGAAAAGCUUUAACUUAAUAGUUUUAUCACUGUUUCCUUGCCCCAAACUUACCCAGGGUCAUAGAAGUGUGAAUCUAAUUAAUACAGAAAUGGGAACUGUUGCACACUGAGAAAUAACUAAUCUUUAAUCAGUUUAAUUGGCCUCUUAUUAAAUAUAACAAUUCUUAUAAAAAUUAUAGUACCCUAUUUUCAGAAACAAUUGCCAGUUUAUGCAUUUAUCAAUAUCCUAAAAUUUAAAAAGAAUUUACAGCCCCACUUACUAUUAUGUAAAUUUACCAAUAAAAUAUUUUUAUGACUACA